GCCAAUAGAGGGAAUCCGGUGCCGGCGUCCCUCCUGGUCUCCAUCGCCUUUUUAAGGCACAGCUGGACCACCUCCUCCUGCGUUGCCCCUUUAAUACCCGCCUGUCCCUCCCCUCCACCCAGUGCCGAGCAUUUUGCUGCUGCAGCUGCUGCUUGAUGCUGCUGCGAGGAAGAGAGCCAGGCGCACCGAGAGCGAGGCGAGAUCUGCGCAGGAAAGGAGAGGGCGCGGGGAUCUGCCUUGCUCCAGGCCAGGCUCCGAUUGGCUUUCCCAGCCCCCGCAGCUGCCUGCCUGCCUCUGGGUUUUGCUGCUGCUGUGGCUUUCUGCCGGGUUGCCGGGGCGAUCCAUCACCUUCCUCCGAGGCCCGCCUGCCUGCUUGCUGCCGCAUCAAUUCCGCCGCCUUCUUUUGAAGCCUAGGGGCAUGUGGUGAUGUGAUCGGCGGCGCGUCCCUCGGGGGCCCAUCCCCAGCGGGAGCCUCAGCAAGACGGAUAGGGUGGUGGAGCAGCGGGCCAAGGGCCGCGCCCCCAUGAAGGAGAAGGAGGCGGGGGCGGCCGGGGAGCGGGGCAAGCCGGCCACCUACACCGGGGACAAGAAGGCGCGCAUGGCGGCCAAGACCAACAAGAAGUGGGUGCGCCUGGCCACCGUGCUGGCCUACGUCCUCUCCGUCUCGCUGGCCGCCAUCGUCCUGGCCGUCUACUACAGCCUGAUCUGGCAACCGGUGCGGGGCGGCGGCGGGCAGCCGCACACCCAGCCGCAGCCCCCCGGAUCGAGCCCCGGCCCCUGCCCCACAGCCGCCUCUCUCAGCCCCGGAAGCAGCGCGACGACGCUGGAAAAGGGAGCCAGCCCCACAGCCUCCUCGGGCAAGCUCUCGCCGGCGCCGUAGGGACUCCACCCGGCCCAGGAGGCCGGAGGCACAGUCAGCCCCAACCCCGCUGCGUCGGAGCCACUGGCCGCGGAGUACAAGGGGAGGCCACCACCCGAGCCCCAGCCCCGCGGCGGCGGGAGAAAGCAGAGACCCUGGAUGCCUCGCUCCGCUCCCCUGCCGUCGCGUUGCUCCGGUCGCAGGCCCCCGCUCUUGGCUGCGGACUCUGAAACGCAGCAGGGAGAAAACGAGAGACGCUUUUCCUCUGGACUUGCCGCCCACUGGCUUCCCCCUCCACGGGACUCGGGCAGGGAGAAACUGUACUGGCUUUAGUUUUUACCAAUGCGCUUUAUUAAUCAAGUAAAUGGUGGGGGGGAGCCACGUGGAAUGGAGCUCAGGUAUGUCAGCCUAGCUGCAAUGUACCCCGAUGCAUUCCUUUGUACCCUGUAUAAAAACUCUUUGUAUACAGAUACACUUAGUUAAUGCAUAGAGAUGAGCUAUAUAAUCUAUAUUCUGUACACACACAGAGGUGCACAGAGCAGAUGCUGAAUGGUAUUUAAAGGGCUACUGGGGAAAGCUUGCUUUGAAAGUUGCAGCUAACCUGGAUCAAAAAAGGGAUGCCGCUUCCUAAAUAGCCAGGUAGCUGUGCUGAUUGGACCCGAAGCUUUAUUAUUGCUUGCUUAGCACACAUUUUGUUAAACGUUGAUUUCCAUAUUUUAAUCAGGAAAGAGCCGCUAAAUUUCAUCUGCUGUUGAUCUAUUCCUGAGGUUUUCCUGUUCUCUUAUGUACUGUUCUCUGAUUACCCCAGCCUUAUGACAAUGCUUGAUUAGAGAGUUGAGCUGUGUGCCUGUCCUUUUCCCAGGCUACCUACACAAGAUUCUACUCUCAUUUCACUAUUCUCCUUUGGUUUCAGCUGUAUGUUUUAAUUACUCCAAGCCUAAACCUUUGGGGUUAACCCCAUUGAUUUCCUGAUUGAAUAGUCUUUAUUUGCAAUCUGUAUUAGUUUUCCCUUUUCCCACUGCAAAUGACUAUCUCAUAUUUCCCAACAGAGAAUAUUGGAAGUAGCUACCCUUGGGUCACGUUUUGUCUGGAAAUCCCAGAAUCAUCCUGCCUCCUUCAUGCUUGAAACUGUUUCUGGAGCUUCCAGAAAUAGGGGGAUUGGAUUAAUCCAGUACUGCCAUUACAGAAAGUGAUGGGAGCACUUCUAGAAGUAGUUCCAGCAUUAGAUCAGUGGUAAAACAGCUAGUGCAACCACCGUCAUAUAUAUUCACCUAUGUUACAACUUAUCCUGAAAUACUGGUGGUUAUAGUUUCCCCAAGAGCUGACUGAAUAUAGUCUCUUAAAUCUGUGUCACAAACCUAGGCUUUUUAUUUUUAUUUUUAGCUGGUCUAUUAGAAAUUUAAAAUAUGUUGGUGUAUUAAUUGCCAACAUUCAUGAUUUUGCUGAAGAAUCUAAUGAGAGCAGAACAUAGUUGGAAAGGCUGAAACCUCUUGCUUAGGCAUAGUUGAUAUUCAGGCUUAUUUUAAGCCAUCUUUUCCCUGUGUACUCACAGUCUUUAGUUGUCCAGAUUGGUUUAAGUAGAGUCUGAUCUUUUCCAUCAAAAUGAAGUGGUGAGUUUUUAGAAAGGGUUGUUUCAUACAUUACAAUUUUUUACAGGGAGAUCAGCCAUAGUGUGGGGGUGGGGGGAAGGUGCACACAAUGAAUCUUAUUGCUCCUUAAAGACCAGCGAACAUACAGUGACAAAAACAUGCACGGGCCAGAGCUUCAUCAGAUGCAACUGACUCAUCUGACAAAGUGAGAAAUCAUGGAAGCUUUUAUGCCACAAUUUGUUUGCUAGUCUUGAAGAUGCCACAAGACAUUAUUGUUUUUGCUAGAGUAUGACUACCCCUUUGGAGCAUGUGGACUGUACUGUGUAAUACGUAUGUCUUGUCUGCUGCAAAUACUCUGGAUUGGGCAGCCAGCCCUAUUCACAUGUUGUGUUCAACACUCAUGCCAUCUGUGUACACAGGUACAGAUCUGUACACAGGUAGUUAUUCACGCUACUGUAUUUACUUGAAUCUGACUAGGUUUUUUCCCAGGUUUUUGAUGUUAAAAAAUUGGGGGUGGGGGUCCUUAAAUCCAGAGUCCUCUUCUAUUUGGGUAAAUACAGUAUCUUGAAUGCAGGUACAGCAGUACACUUCCUAUCUGUAUCCUGCAUUUGAUCAACCUGUACCCAGGUUCACUUUUAAAAGGAACAUAGGUAUUAUACAGACAUUCACACAAGAACAUGUGUGUGCAGACAUCAGAAUGUGGGUACAGUAUAAUGUCUGAACUUGGCUUGUGUAUCUCGGCGACCUCAUCUGUGAACUUGUAGCAGAAAGAAGACUGAUUUCUCCAUCAGAAAUUGCAACCUUUGAUGUAGCCCUCAGCCAGCUGUGCAGCAGUAGAUGGGAGUUUGGCAACUUAACAGGCAUGAGCAGUGCCAGCAGCGGGCUGCCCUGUUAAAGCACUGAAGCAGCAUCUUGGGUCCGAACAGAUGCUCAGUCGCCUCUUUAUGAAGUUUCUUGCCUGCUUUGAACUAGAAUCUAGCUUGCAAGCUAGACUCCCUUCUGCUUAGCUCUUCCCAGUGGCUGAAGUAGCAAAUUCAAAAAAGCAGCAGACAUUUUGCAACUGAAGGGUAUGAUGGGUGUGAUAUACGGGCAGGCCUCAAAUCUUUGUAGGAAAACACAAGACCCCUUCCCCCUUUAAAUAUGUGCCCUUAGAGGAAUUCCCCAUAUAUUUUUUGAUACCUUGUGCAGUUGAAACUGCUAGUCAGACAUUUUGAACAUGCAAGGACAAAUAUAUGCUAAUCUGAAUGGUCAAAUUAUUGGAAGGAUGAAAUAAAAUGUUGGCAGAAUUGCUUUAAUGUUGGGCUGUCAAGCCCCGAGCCCUCCUUAUGGAUGUCACUGAAUGUCAGACUGGAAUAGUUUUAAAUUCAAAGUUAUAAACAUGCUCUAAUGUUGUCUAUAUCUAAUUCAGCCAUGUAAGCUAUGUCUGUAUCUAAAAGUUCUGUAUAUUUUUUAAAAAAAUAUUUUUAAGGUGAAAAAAAAAUACAUUGAGAGAUUUCUGCCUAAAA